AUGGCUCUCAUGACUCCGAGUACUCCGCCCAGAAGUAACCGCGUACAGGCUCAAACACCGUUCACACCCAAGACACCAGGUUCCUCCGUUACUCACAACCCCGUCAAGAAAGAUGCCCAUCUGAAAACCCCACAUUCAAGAAAUUCCAGAGUUAUGGAGGUGAAUCAAUUAACUCCUGACCCAACACCGCAACAUAGGAAAAGAAAACAACUCAGUGACGCCAUAUCCUUAUCAACCACUUCAUCGACUAGAAUACCUUCUUCACGUCAAGAAUCCAAACCAACAUAUUUAUUCCCACCUGCACAACCCCGUAUUGGUUCCGGUCGUUCUUUAUCGUCUAGAAGAGCUAGCAUAGAUUCCCGAAAUGGUUUGCGGAAAUGUGCAAUGUCGCCAGUUUUGAGUGAUAGUAUUCAGUUCGAAAGCUCUGAUGAAGAGAUAGAAGGAUUGCAGUUGAAAUCACAAAAGCCUGCAAUAAGGACGCUUAAUUUUGAUGGCAUCGAUAGUGAUGAAGAAGAACGUCAAGAUUAUAGGCAACGUGAACCUCCAAGAACACCCACUAAGAAAAUCAUCAAUGAAGAGCUGGCAAAACAGUGGAACAACCCAUCUUCGUACAACACAAAGUUCAGCUCCGAGAAUGACAGUGACAUUUUUAUUACUAGAUCCAAAUCCAAGAACCCGUUUAUAGGGCCAGCCAAAACCGGAAAUAACUCUUCUCUCCAAGAAACUGACGAAAUUGUCUAUAUCCACAAUAAAACAGGAGAAAGAAUUGUUCGUAAGCUUUCGGAUGAACAAAAAAGUAUAAAGCCGAAGAUAUUAGAUUUUAGUGCUACACUGGACACGGAUGAUGAAAUCGACGAAAACGAUCAAGAUCAUAAGAACCUGGUCCGCAGAUCUACUGAGUUUGUGAAGGAUAUCACAGUAUCUCCUAAAGGCAAAAAUUUUACGGUGUUCAAAGAUUCUUGA